AGGAGGUCGGCCGCCGUCAUGUCUGGCAACUUUGUAGACUCGUACGUGGCGAGGAGCGUCGACGUAGGAAGUAGCAACUCCACCGUCGCCCUCAACAACCCGGCCGACAUUUCCGUCAUCGUCCUUUACUUUUUGCUCGUCUUGGCUGUUGGAAUAUGGGCGAUGGUUCGCACCAAUCGUUCCACCGUCGGGGGCUUCUUCCUGGCGGGCAGAAGUAUGGUCUGGUGGCCGAUCGGGGCGUCCCUUUUUGCCAGCAACAUCGGAAGCGGACAUUUUGUGGGAAUCGCUGGGACUGCUGCCGCUUCUGGGAUCGCCAUCGGUGGAUUUGAAUGGAAUGCUCUUAUUGUGGUGGUCAUCCUGGGCUGGCUCUUUGUGCCUAUCUACAUAAAAGCCGGGGUGGUCACAAUGCCGGAGUACCUGAAGAAGAGAUUUGGAGGACAGCGUAUUCGAGUCUACCUUUCUCUGCUCUCGCUCUUGCUCUACAUCUUUACCAAGAUCUCAGCAGACUUGUUCUCAGGCGCUAUUUUCAUCAACCAGGCUUUGGGCUUGAACAUCUACUUGGCUGUGGUGGCCUUGCUUGUGAUCACGGCGUUGUACACCGUCACAGGCGGACUGGCCGCGGUCAUUUACACGGACACCUUACAGACCGUCAUCAUGAUCGUGGGAUCCUUCGUUCUCAUGGGCUUUGCGUUCAGCGAGGUGGGCGGCUACGAGCAGUUCCAGGAGCGCUACAUGACGGCCAUUCCUUCCGUCACGGGCAACUUCAGCGAGAGCUGCUACACACCUCGUCAGGACUCCUUCCACCUCUUCAGGGACGCCAUCACAGGGGAUAUACCGUGGCCCGGUUUGGUCUUUGGGCUGACAAUCCAAGCGCUGUGGUACUGGUGCACUGAUCAGGUGAUUGUUCAGCGGUGCCUGUCGGCCAAGAGUUUGUCGCACGUGAAAGGUGGCUGCAUCCUGUGUGGGUACCUCAAGCUGCUGCCCAUGUUCCUCAUCGUGUUCCCAGGAAUGAUCAGUAGGAUUCUUUACCCCGAUGUUGUGGCUUGUGUGGACCCCGCUGAAUGUUUCAGACACUGCGGGGCCAGCGUGGGAUGCACCAACGUGGCUUACCCCAAAAUGGUGGUGGAUCUGAUGCCCGACGGUCUACGUGGUCUCAUGUUGUCGGUCAUGCUGGCGUCUCUGAUGAGCUCGCUGACGUCCAUCUUCAACAGCGCCAGCACGCUCUUCACCAUGGACAUCUACGCCAAGAUGCGGCGCUCGGCCUCCGAAAAGGAGCUGAUGAUCGCCGGCAGAGUCUUCAUCCUGGUCAUGAUCGGCGUCAGCGUGGCCUGGCUCCCCGUGGUGCAGUCGGCUCAGAGCGGUCAGCUCUUCGACUACAUCCAGUCCAUCACCAGCUACCUCACGCCGCCUGUGGCCGCCGUCUUCGUGCUGGCCAUCUUCUGCAAGCGCGUCAAUGAGUCUGGUGCUUUUUAUGGCCUCCUGGUGGGUCUCCUGGUGGGCCUGGCCAGGAUGAUUAGUGAAUUUGUGUACGGCACUGGUAGCUGUGUGGAGCCUAGCAACUGUCCUACCAUCAUCUGUGGCGUCCACUACCUCUACUUCAGCAUCAUCCUCUUCGUGUUGUCCUGCCUGGUCAUCCUGGGAGUGUCCCUGCUCACCCAGCCCAUCCCUGACAAACACUUGUACCGCCUGUGUUGGAGUCUGAGGAACUGUGAGGACGAAAGAGUCGACUUGGAAAAAGACGACUGGGUAGAAAAUGACGACAACAUGGAAGUUGAAGAAGCGGAAGAGGAGACGGCGGGCGCCUGCAAGAAGGCCCUGGCGUGUUUCUGCGGCCUGCAGCAGCAGAAGGCCGCCAAGCUCAGCGAGGAGGAGAAGGCGGAGCUUCAGAGGAAGCUGACGGACACGACAGAAGCGCCGCUGUGGAGGAACGUCGUCAACGGCAACGCCAUCGUCCUGCUGUGCGUGGCCAUCUUCUUCCACGGCUACUACGGCUAGCACAGCGUUUACCGACGUGACCCAGUCUUCUGUCCUGUUGAACGAGCGGCACUUUAAAACUCAUUUCACUCACAAUUAUUAUUGUUUUUUAAUUAUUUGCCUUGACCUGUGGGACAGUUAUUCAUGCUAACAACGUGGUAUUAAACGUCUUGCCUCAGUCCAAAGUCCAAAGUCUCGUUUUUCCUUCACACUUUCGUUGUCUCAGGCAGAAAUUAAAAUGUACUCUCCCGUCUUGUCGCUAGAGGGCAAUGUUGCUUUGUUUUCAUGCUCGACAAAACAGAAAUAAAAAUGUA